AUGAUGAUGUUCAAGUCUUGUCAUAUUCUCCUGGCUCUCGUAGCUUUUUCGAACCUCGCCGCCACGGCUUCAUCCUGCAAUACCACCGCACUCAACACUACGACCGGCCUUUACUAUAUUUCUGAGUAUGGCACUACGAUCUUCGAUAUAGCGAAUGCCACCAACCGCGGCGUGUGCGACAUCGGCCGCCACAACCUCAUGGCCGACGUCGAAAUCAUCCCCAAUGUCGGGCAGGAAAUCCUCAUCCCGCCUGAGGUCUGCGAGCCGGACAACGAAACCUGCCUGCUGCCGCGGACCAACGCGACGCGGACCUGCAUCUACGGCGGCCCGCGCCUGUACUACACGGUCAAUGGCGACACGUACGAGGUCGUCGCGCGCCGGCUGAACAUCACCGCCGAAUCGAUCAUGGAGCACGCCAAGGACAAUGAGACCGCUACUACCGCCCUCGAAGCCGGCCAGUUCCUCAAGAUCCCGCAGUGCGACCCGAGCCAGUGCGUGAUUCAGCCAUACUCGUUCACGUACGGAGUGUACAAGGAUCUCGCCGAAAAGUACGGCACCACUGUGGGCCAGAUCAUGAUGCUCAGCCCGACGUAUAAUUACAGCAGCGUUGCAAUGAUGGGAGGAACGCCGCCACCUAUUGGUUUGCCGAUCAACUGCACGGCUUUGUCGGGAAAUAUCACGGUUUUGGACUGA